CCUUAUGUAUUGUGUAAAAUUGUAACAAAGCAUUAUUAUAAGGGUGAGGCGCCGCUAAUAGUUUAUUACGGUUACAGACGACAAUGGGGUGUGAUCCAAAUGGGCGGCAGUAAAUCAGUCACGCCACCGUCAAAGCGUUGGGGUGAAAAAAAUGUUCUUCACAAUCCUAUCAUCGGAUGCGCACGGGUUGACAUCAAACAUGAAAAAGAUGCAUAUCAUUUAGUUAUAAUGCAAAUAUGUGUAUUCUACUGCAAGAAAGAGAUGUAGUUUACCGGUAUCUUUGAAAUAUUUGACACCCUUGCAAUAAACCGCAAGGGACAGAGGACCCAUUGAAUAUUGAGGAGCAAGCAAGGUAGGCGACAGAAUUUGAGGUUAUUGACGGUCUCAGCCAUAUUCUAUCCAUGAAACCUUGCACCAAUUAGUCACCGAGGUGUCCUGCGUGAAGGUGUUCUGUUUUGACCAAAAUAUGUUAUCUUUACUGCGAAGGCUAUAAACUGAAGAAAUUACACACAUGUUAUUUAACCAUGCAGGAAAAGUAGUCUGAUCGGUGACCAGAGUAUGGUUCUACAGCUGACAGACUGUUUAUAAUAAGCCUUAGCAAUAAGGACCAAAUGUUCAGGCCAUUUCUUUUUGAUCAUACCCUAUUGAUGUGCCUACUAAUCUCAAAGAAUACAAUAGGAUGAAGACAGUAUGUGGUAAAGGAGGGACAUUGGAUGGUGACAUGCUGAUGGUCAUUGUUAAACAAGAGGAAGAAGACCAAAUGGAGCAGAUGUCCAAUGGUCCACUGUCAUCUGACACGCUCAUCAAACAGGAGCAAGAAGAGGGCCUAGAACAAGACACUACAGCUCCCGACGACCAACUCCCUGAGGAAACAGACACCCUGGAAGAAGCAGAGGAGGAGAAAAAGAGGAGGAAGGGAAAGACAGAGGAGAGGUGCUGGUCUGCUGUUGAGACUGAGGAUGUCUGGGUCAGACUCCAGUUGGUGCUGCAGACUGUGUCAGCGCUGCUUCAGUUCCUCCUGGCAGCUAACGGGACACUGUUGUACUGGCAUGGCGGGGGAGGACGGGGUCGCCCACGGCCACAAGGUCAAACUGGAGUUCCAGUGCCCAGUGUGUGGCGACCGCUUCCUCCGCCCCACUGCCUUCAUCAUGCACAAGCGCAGACACAUGGGCCAGUCCCAGAACGUCUGUGGGGUCUGUGGACGGACGCUCAAGAGCCUGCGCAAGCUGGCCUCCCACAAGCGCUCACACUCCUGCCGCCGCAGGACUGUGGCUGAACGACAGCAGUGCCAUGACUGCAGCCAGAGCUUCUGCAACCUGACAGCACUCAGAAGCCACCGGGAGAGACAGCACGGAGAGGAGAGGAUCUGGGAGGAUGAGGAGGACAGGGCGGUGAGAGAGGAAGAAGAGGGAAGCACUGCAGUAAUCUCUAAUGAUUCAACCAGAGUUUCAGGGAAUGCCUACCUGACUUCUAGACCUGCCAGGGGUCAACUACGACCCUAUCGCUGCUCCUCCUGUGGAGAGAGAUUCAUACAGGAAAGCACCCUGACCAAACACUGCACUGAUGGUUCUGGGAGCAUAGAUACCAAGAUGAAGAGGACAAGAGGCAAGUUGGAGUGAUAUAUAUAUAUAUAUAUAUAUAUAUAGGAAAGAGGGCCUUGACUAACUAUUUACAAAGUUGUUUAAUGAAGAAAUUACGUGUCACUUAGGAUAAAUCAAAUAUCAUUUCAUUGUAGGCCUUAGUGUCAACCCUUAUGCCAACUUUCUCCAACACCAACAGAAUCUUCACAAAAUAUAUUUUGAAUUAAUACCUCUUCUAGGGCUGUGAUGAUACCAGUAUCGCAAUAUUUUUUUCCAUGGCAAAAAUGAAAACAUGAAGCAGACCGGACUCUUUGGUCCUUUUAUUAUCCAAGCUAUAAGCUUUGAAAAUAAAUACGUGAUUCUGGAUAAAAACAUAAUGUUUGUUUCCAACUUCAAGGCUGUUUCCCCAAAGAAGUUAAAUCCACUUCGUGUUUUGUUUCCUUGCCAUGAUACUGGUAUCAAAAUGGAGUAGUUUUCAAAAUAAAAGCCUGACCAUAUUUAUUAGAGAUUCACAGAAAAAAAAGUGUUUCUCCUGUACCAUGAUUAAAGAUGAAAACAGACCAAACCAUCUUUUGAUCAUUUUGAUAGCAAUAAUGUCUGUACUACGACAUGUAAACUACAUGAACAAAAGUAUGUGAACACCUGCUCAUCGAACAUCUCACUCCAAAAUCAUGAGUAUUAAUAUGGAAUUGGUCCCCCCUUUGCUGCUAUAACAGCCUCCACUCUUUUGGGAAGGCUUUCCAUUAGA